CGGGGUGUGGUGGAGGCUUCUUUAAAACAGAGGUUAAAUGGCCAUCUUUUGAGGGUGCUUUGAAUGCGAUUUUCCUGCUUCGUGGCAGGGGCUGGACUGGAUGGCCCACGAGGUCUCUUCCAACUCUGUGAUUCUAUAAAGUACAAAAGUGAAAUGAAGAAAUGGGGAGUAAGUAAUCUUUCAGACAGGUUGGUGGACUCAACCUGCUUCCCAUUUCAUUUUCCUUUGCUACCCACCCCCAAUUUUGGGAGAAUUGGUGUUUUCCAUGGAUAUUCUUUCGCCAUCAUUUGUGCUUGGUCUCCCUGUGUGUUUUCCCUGUAUCCUUCCUGGCAGCAUAAAUGUUGAAUAUACUAACUGUUUGGCCAGUCUAGCAAUACAUUGAUUGAAGUGAUAUAUAGGAUUUCCUUGUUAGACAUGGCAGCUGAAAUCGGUUUUACCUGAUGUGUAGUAAUCCACUGGUCUGCUAAAUCCUGUGUCAUCCUAAGAAGUGUUGUCAGAGCAUCAGACUCGGAGAAUGACAUCCCCUGCUUAAUCAGCCCAAGGUUCUUAAAGGAACAGGUCACAUGACACUUGUCUUUCUCUGUCUCUCUGCCACUGCUCCCCUUCUAACUACACACUCAGGGAUUAGUCUAAGGGCUUUAAUAGGUUUUGUGAAGAGCCUGCUAAAAGAAGCAGGGUCUGUCCACAAUCACAUUAUUGUCUCUUCUGCAAAGAGAAGAUAAACAGAUAGGGAAACUUGGUUCAUCAUGACGAGGCAUAAAAUCUGCAGCAAAAGUGUGCUAAUAAUAUUGGGAUCCUAGUCUUAAACUACUCUAGCAGACUGGAUGACUUGUAAAGUACUUCAAAAGACAACAUUUUACUGCUUGAAAGGAAACGAAAACAGAGAAAAACAGAGGGGGGAAAAGGAAGGCUCCCUCUUGAUCAGGGCCAUGGGGGCCUCCCAGUCAAAACGGGGUGAAUACAGAACCCACAAGAGCAACCGGAACCCAGAAGGAGACAGAAGUUUUGAACAUGGGACCUACCAGGCAUCCGAGAGCCACAGAAAUCUCAUUGAGCCCAAGAAGCUGCCAAACCCAGUGAGAGAAUCUAGGCAUCACCGGGAGUUGCACCGAGAGCUGCUCUUCACACAGAGGAGGGGCUUGCUUCCAGAACACAAGCCUGAGCUUCAGCGAGUACUAGAAGCCAGGAGAAUUAAGCAACUGAAACAGCAAGAAGAGAAUCAAAAGCCCUUGACAGAUCUAGAAGAAGAGCUCAGAAAGCGACAGCAGAAACUUGACCAGUACGAGCGAGAGAUAGUUCUGAAGGGAGAGCAAGAUGGCAGGCCUGAGUUCAUCCUUGUCAAAGAGAGCCUGAAGAAAAUUAAACUUUCCACAGAAACGGACAUAAGGCAGACAUGAGAGAUCAGCUGCAAAUGCCGUUUCUGUCAGAAUGACUCCUUGACAAGAAGUAUAUGUGAAGGAAAUAAAAAAAAUGCUUCAAGAGCACUUUCAGUGAACAUCAGUAAACUUCCUCUCUCUAUGGGCUGUGAAAUCUGUGCUCAGGCUAAACCCAGGACAACAGGAUGAAGACAGGAGAAAGGACUAUCCAUCUGAUAAAUGGAGUACAGAUGGAGAUUAGCUGUCAUUCAGCCUUAAGAGGGUGGUCAUUUGGGAAUUGAUGGGCAAACUUGAACUUGCUCUGCAGACUGUUCAACAAUGCAUUUUUAUGAAGAAAAUAUUGGGAUUGUUGAAUGUAUUCCAACUUUUAGUAGGUUCCCAUCCACUCUAGCUAGCUUUCUUCUAAAAAAAAAAAAGAGAGCGAAAUACUGGUAACAAUUUAUCUGGUAGCCCCACUAGUAACAUUUGCAGCAACUUAUCAUUGAUGCUAAGGUUGCUGCGGAAGAUUAUGGUGGAAAAGUAAUGGUUGCUACCAGAACAAUCUUUUUAGAUUUAAUCCACAUCUUUAGGAUUUAACUAAAUAGCCUACCUUUCCCCCAAGGAUGAUUACAGGGCAUGGAUUUCCCCAACAUGUAUUGCUACCAUCCACCCUUCACUUUAUUUAUUGUUGUGUGCCUUCAAGUCAUUUCUGACUUAUGGUGACUCUAAGUGGAACCUAUCACAGAUUUUUUUGUCCAGAUUUGUUUAGAAAGGGUUUGUCAUUGUUCUCCUCUGAGGCUGAGAAAGAGUGGAUUUGCCCACGGUCACCCAAUGGCUUUUCAUGAUUGAGGAGAGACUCAAACCCUGGUCUCGAGAGUCAUAGUCUAAUAUGCAAACUACUAUACCAUGCUGGCUCUCAGUUUUAUUUAUAUUCCAUCUUUUUUCCAGAUUGAGACUCAAGGUGAUAGAAAAUUACAACAAAAACAUAUAUAAUUAAAAUAUAUAAAAGUUGAAAUUAAAUAUUAAAUAACAGAAUGUAAACAAUUUUAAAUAUUAUUUUAAAAUCAAAGACAAAAACAUUACAACAUCAUGGAAAACUCUUUUCUUUUUGGCAUGGCCAGUGGCUUGCUUAGAAUGGAAAGAUCUUUACCUGGUGUCAAAAAGACAGGAAAUAUGGAGCUAUCCUAGCCCCCUAAGGAAAUAAAUUCCAAAGUCUAAUAACAGCUGCAGAGAAGAUUGUCUCUUACCUUCCCAACAAACAUGCCCAGGAAGAUGGUUGCAUAUAGAGAAGUGACUCCACUGAAGAUCUAAGAAGUUCUAAGAGGCUCAUAUGAGAAGAUUCACUUCUUCAGAUAGCCUGGACCUUAGCCAGAUGCUUUACCCACCAAAAGCAGAAGCUUCAUAGAUUUCAGACUUGAAGGAAUUAUUUAUAUUUUACUAGAAUCCCAAGAUCCACCAACCUCAUCCUGGUGCUCAGAAAUCUGUUUUAAUACCAUAACGAGACACAGCUCAUACAACGUAUGUUUUGUUGUUAUCAAAUGUAGUCUUCAUUUUAGGGGGUAAAGUCAUUUUGAUGUUGGUUGCUCGCUAUUGUUGAACUACAAGGUGUUUCAAAAUGAUGGACCCAGUUUCAAAGCAGUUUAUUUCAUGAUGUCAGCAUAUUACAUCAUAAAACGAGUUAUCAAGUUUUACUAACCAUUUUGAUCCAAAAACAAAACAAAAAUAAUCCUGCAAAUGGGGAAUAUUUCAUUAGGCCUUACGUUGAGGGAUUGCCAUCUUGCAAAUGACUGAAGCUAGGGGCUGUUUGUGAGUUGGGAGAGGCAGCUUGUGGUAAUCGAACUCUAUUCGCCACCCUUUCAAGGGGUAAGACUUUCAUUCAUGGGUGGUUUGUGAUUGCAGUGAUAUAGCAAUUUCAAAUCAGGUCAUAUUUUUUAAAACAUCUUGAUUAAUAGUGAUACAUCUGUUGCUAAUCUAUAGCAAAUCAUUCACAUCUACAAUAACACCUUGGGCCCACUUUGAUUAUACAGCUAUAAUCAAAUGAGAUUCAAAAAGAUAAAACUGGGAAAAAGAAAGUGAGGUAUACUUGAUGACACAAAAACAGCACUGGUGGCCAGUUCAACCCUCUUGUGAAUUGCUGUGAGUUUUUUUUUAGUAGGAUUCAAUUUUACAGUUUCCUGUAAUAGAUGUUUCAGCAGAUCCUGACAGCAUUUAAAUCCACCUGUCUCUGAACAGUUCUAAUAAAAAUUAACAUUAUAA